UUACUUCACAGCCCCGUGAUAGUAUCCAAUGAGAGAUACGACACCGUGUUACCCAAAGUUGAAAGCUAUACAAGCGGAACAACAACUAUUACGAUGACGUGGUUACGAUUUACCUAGAUUUGUACCUGCACGAAAACGAAGUCUAAAAAGAUAUCGACACCUCCAAUGGGAUUCUAACCUGAGUGAGUGGUAAUUGGCAUAAUUCGAUUCGGAUAUAUUAAAAGUUAAUUUGAGAAACUAAAAGCGGGCAAAGUGGCGUGUAAGGAACCCGCAGACUGCCGGCGAUAAACGGAGUUGCUGGGUUACUGUUUUGUCCGAUCCUUUCGUUUGUUUUGGGUUCCAUGCAAGGCAGCACCGGAAGUACAUCAGAUAAAUGUCACCGAUCUUCGAGCAAGGCUAUUACCAGUCCAACCACGAACGACUUUUUAGCCCGCGCUGGGUAUGACGUCAUCAAAAAGAUCGGUGGAGGCUCGUAUUCGGAGGUAAAAGAGGUUCGACAGGGUCCUGACAGAUUUGCGGUGAAAGUGAUUGAUACAACAAAAGUGUCGGAAGAUUUUCGCGGUCGCUUCUUGCCACGUGAAAUUCAAAUUCUCUCCAAAAUCGAGCAUCGAUAUAUAAUUAAUGUACACCGAAUUCUGCAGGCCCGUGAAAAGGUCUUCAUUGUGAUGGAGCUAGCUACAGGCGGGGACCUUCUUGAUUACGUUCGUCGUAAAGGUCACUUAUCUGAGAAUCGUGGGCGAAUGUUCUUCUCACAGCUGCUCGACGCGCUUGGAUAUCUUCAUAACCUUGACAUUGCGCAUAGAGACCUAAAAUGUGAAAACGUUCUUCUGAAGUCUUCAUCACACAUCAAGUUGGCGGACUUUGGAUUCAGCCGGUUAUGUUCUCGAGAUGGGCGCCGAGUACUGAGUCAGACGUUUUGCGGCAGUACAUUAUACGCCUCACCUGAAGUACUGCAGGGUCAGCUUUAUAAUCCGAAGCUGUACGACGUCUGGUCCCUGGGGUGCAUCUUGUUCAUCAUGCUGUUUGGCAUCGUACCAUUUGAUGAUGGCAACGUGAAAAAACAGAUCAAACAGCAACUUAAUAGAGAAAUUCGCUUCCCAAGUAGUCCUAACGUGGCUCCAGAAGCAAAGGAUCUUUUGAGUUCAAUGCUAGAACCAGAUAUCCUCGCACGGAAAAGCAUACCUCGAAUCAUACGCCACCCAUGGCUACUGGCAAGCGGCUACCGGCUACGUUGCCGACGGCAUUCAUCAUCAACAGUUUUUUACUACUACCGCUGCUGUUUCUAUCUACUCGUUGGGUGAGUGUCUCUAGCACGGAUGCAUUCACUUUCGAACCGCCCCGCUAUCCGCCGUGUGUGUGGAGUGAACAGCGGCAUGUUUGGAAAGCGGGCUUUUAUGUGAAAUAGACAGGUUACUACUGUGCUGCCGCUGUUAGCUGAGUAAACAUAUAGUAUUUUAUAUAUCGCCUAUAAACCGCUUCGGCUUAAAGGGCUAUCUGUCUAUACUACGAUGAUGGCCUGUGUUCACCACGGGUAACCCACGAUAAAAAUGUCGAUUCUCUAAAGUAGUGUACGUGAGCAGAGGCAGAAAAGCAUCGCAGGCGAUUCGGACCACAGUUUUACGGCAUUCAUAUG